GCGACACCUGGUACCUGGAGCGGCAGGGAGCAGCCACCCAGUGCAGUUAGUGGCGCACAGCAGCUCUGGCUUUACACAGCCCUCAUCCACCUAGCCACCCCCCAGCCACCAUGGGGUCAUACCUGCCUUGUUCCCUGCACCUGGACCGCCUCUGAUUGCCAGCAGCACCAUGGCCUCCAGUGAGAUGUGCAGCAGGGGCCGCGUGGCCUCCGCCCUUCGCUACAGCAUGAUGGCCAGUGGUGCAGUGGUUCUGGUAGUUGGGACCCUCUGCUUUGCUUGGUGGAGUGAAGGGGAUGCAGGUAGCCAGCCUGGCCAACUGACCCCCAGUGUGGAGCACACCACCCCUGGGGUCCCCCGUCCUGUGCUCAGGUCUGUCAGCUUCUUCUGCUGUGGGGUGGGUGGCCUGUUGCUGCUCUUUGGCCUGCUGUGGUCCAUGAAGGCCGGCACACGAGCACCGCCUCCAUGGAACCUGUAUCACCUGUCCCGAGACCUGCACCAUGUCACUGUGGAGUCCUUGGAGAAGGGGAGCUGCAGGACUGCCAUCCCCACUUGUGAGGAGGCCACAUGCUGUCCCCUGGUGGAGAGCCCCCCAGUACUGACUGCAUACCCUCCAGAGGAAGACCUGUGGUGCAGGGUGCUGGGGCCAGCCCUGCUGGGGACUCGGCCCCCUUCACCUCCACCCAGCUACUCCACCAGCAUCCAUGCUUGCAGUGCAGGUUCUGGAAAGACACCAUGUGCUCCCAGCUCCUGGCAUUCCAACCCAGGACUAGCUCGAACUGCAGAAGUACCAUCUUGGUGCCCAGGCUCCUAGCUGGACUAGAACUGGCAAUGAAAGUUAAGCCUUUUCCAGGUUUGCCCUGCAGGCCUGGUGUGCAGUGAA